AAAAAGUAUGUCCACCAAAAUGAGAACCAUGUGAAAUCCAAGUCACAAAGGCACAAGCUGAGCUAGUAGCUAAUGUGAAGAAUAAUUAGAACAGGAUAUUCAAGGCGUGUAUUAAUGCAUUAUAGCCCCAACAAGAGCCCCCAUUCAGGACAAAGCCUGCUUUCGAGCCGACUGAAAAUAUUCAUACCUCUUAACAGAAAACUCUGCAAAAGCUGUUCAUAAGUCUCAGAACUCAGACAAACUGUUUCCAUAAACCCUAGACAGGAUCUCUCUUUCUCUCUCUAACCCUCCAUAAUAAAAACCCUUCUUCAUCUUCUCAUAAUUCCCCCAAAACCCUCCAUUUUCGUUCACUUCUCUGUUAACCAGGCACUCGUCUUUUCAACUUCAACGGCUUUGAAGUCUUUGUUCUGCACAACAGGAGAAAAACCAAGUAGAAAAAUGCCAACAGAUCAUAUGAGUGAAAAGAAGGCUACAAAGUCAAGCCAAGUGGGUGCGCCACCGCAGGAGCCGGAGCACCUCCCUUGCCCACGCUGCGACUCCACCAAUACCAAAUUCUGCUACUACAACAACUACAACUACUCUCAGCCCCGUCACUUCUGCAAGUCAUGCCGCCGCUACUGGACCCACGGUGGCACCCUCCGUGACAUUCCAGUUGGCGGUGGCAGCCGAAAGAAUGCUAAACGUUCACGCACCGCCAUUGCCACCACUAACGCCGUGACUUCCACCGGCUCAGGUUCCUUUUCGUCUGUUCAUCAUGAUUUCCACCACAUGCCCGCCAACAGUUCUCAGCUUCUGUUCCCUUUCGCCUCCGAUCACUGCGGUGCCGUGCCGUUUGUUACUGAUGCUAAGCCCAUGUGUGGAAGUUUCACUUCAUUGUUGAAUACUCAGGGAACUGGGCUUCUGUCAUUAGGUGGGUUUGGGCUUGGAAUUGGGUCUGGGCUCGAGGACGUGGGAUUUGGGCUUGGAAGAGCAGUCUGGCCCUUGCCUGGGGCUGUAGAAGGUGGGCACACUAGUGGCAGUGUCGGAAUGGUCAGUAACACGUGGCAGCUUGAUAGUGGAGAGAAUGGGUUUGUUGGUGGUGGGGAUUGUUUUAACUUUCCAGAUCUAGCUAUUUCUACACCUGGGAAUGGCAUGAAAUGAAAAAAGAAAAAGAAAAAGAAAAAAAGUGUUAUUGGGAUUCUGUAUUAGGAAUAGCAUUCCCUUAAUUUAUAACAAUGCAGUUGAGUUUUUACCUAAUU